UGCACAGCUGCCCCUGCCGCUGCUGGGCUUGCUUCCCCGGCCCCUGCCCGCAGUCCCGUCCCCAACCCCGCCCAAGAUGUCCGAGGAUCUAGCAAAACAGUUGGCUAGCUACAAAGCCCAACUCCAGCAAGUAGAAGCUGCUCUGUCUGGAAACGGAGAAAAUGAAGAUCUGUUGAAAUUGAAGAAGGACUUGCAAGAAGUUAUAGAAUUGACCAAAGACCUUCUGUCAACUCAGCCUUCGGAACCUCUUGCAAGUUCAGACAGUUUUGCUUCUGCUCAGCCUACUCAUUCAUGGAAAGUAGGGGACAAAUGUAUGGCAAUCUGGAGUGAAGACGGACAGUGUUAUGAAGCGGAGAUCGAGGAGAUAGAUGAAGAAAAUGGCACCGCUGCAAUCACCUUUGCUGGUUAUGGCAAUGCUGACGUGACUCCGUUGUUGAACCUCAAACCCGUAGAAGAAGGAAGGAAGGCAAAAGAGGACAGUGGCAACAAACCUAUGUCAAAAAAAGAAAUGAUUGCCCAGCAACGUGAAUAUAAAAAGAAAAAAGCUUUGAAAAAAGCACAGAGAAUAAAAGAACUUGAGCAGGAAAGAGAGGACCAGAAGGUGAAAUGGCAGCAGUUCAACAACAGGGCUUAUUCUAAAAACAAAAAAGGCCAGGUAAAGAGGAGGAUUUUUGCUUCUCCAGAAAGUGUAACGGGCAAAGUUGGAGUAGGAACUUGUGGAAUUGCUGACAAGCCUAUGACUCAGUAUCAAGACACAUCUAAAUACAAUGUCAGGCAUUUGAUGCCUCAAUAA